CUCCUGUGGCAGAAAGACCUACAGCAACCAACUCUCAGCCUCCUGCACGAUGGCGAGAAACGUGAUGGCUCUGGUGGUGGUGGCGGCGGUGGUGGUGAUGGCGGUGGUGGUGCAGGCCACACCCGAGGCUAAGGCCGGCGCUUCAAGCUACACUGUCUCUCAUCGUGGCUAUGGUGGCUAUGGCGGUGGCUACGGAGGUUAUGGCUAUGGUGCUCCCUCCUACGGUUAUGGUGGCUAUGGAGGGUAUGGCCACGGUGGGUAUGGCGGCUAUGGUUACGGUCAUGGAGGUUAUGGUGGCUAUGGAGGCUACGGCUAUGGCAGACCCAUCUACGGCUAUGGGUAUGGUGGUAGCUACGGCGGCCACGGAUACGGUUACGGGAGUCCCUACAGAGCCUACGGGUACGGCCACUAACACUGCCGCCCCUGUGACCCGCGCGACGAAGACAAGACGAGGAGGACGACGAGCACCGCGGCAGUCGUGCCCCGCUUCCCCGUCCCUCAACACCCCCGACCCUCCACCACACCAUCACUUCGGCCUGACUCCACCACCCACCCACCCACCCCCAGCCUCUCCUCCUCUCCAUUCCCCCCAAAGUCUAAAUCAAGAAAUAAAAAUUGUACAGUCAUAUUGGUGGUUUCUUUUU